AUGGGAACCACGGAGGCCACGCUGCGGAUGGAGAACGUGGAUGUGAAGGAGGAAUGGCAAGACGAGGACUUCCCCAGGCCUCUCCCAGAAGAGACGGGGAUGGAGUCACUGGGAAGCCCCACGGAAGACGAGACCACGUCCUCUCCUCCCAACACUCUGAACUUUAACGGGGCCCAUCGGAAGCGGAAGACACUUGUUGCACCUGAAAUCAACAUUUCCCUGGACCAGAGCGAGGGCUCCAUCCUCUCUGACGAUUUCCUGGACACACCAGAUGACCUGGACAUCAAUGUGGAUGAUAUUGAAACUCCUGAUGAGACAGAUUCCCUCGAAUUCCUGGGGAAUGGGAACGAACUGGAAUGGGAAGAUGACACCCCCGUGGCCACGGCCAAGAACAUGCCUGGGGACAGCGCAGACCUGUUUGGGGACGGGGGGACAGAGGAUGGCAGUGCCACCAACGGCCGGCUCUGGAGAACCGUCAUCAUCGGCGAGCAGGAGCACAGGAUCGACCUCCAGAUGAUCAAACCCUACAUGAGAGUGGUGACGCACGGAGGAUACUACGGGGAAGGUCUCAACGCCAUCAUCGUCUUUGCCGCCUGCUACCUCCCGGACAGCAACCUGGCAGAUUAUCACUACAUCAUGGAAAACCUCUUCCUGUACGUGAUCAGCAGCCUGGAGCUGCUGGUGGCUGAGGACUACAUGAUCGUGUACCUGAACGGGGCCACGCCCCGCAGGAGGAUGCCAGGCCUGGGCUGGCUGAAGAAAUGCUACCAGAUGAUUGACAGAAGGCUGCGGAAGAACCUCAAGGCCCUGAUCAUCGUGCACCCGUCGUGGUUCAUCCGGACCGUGCUGGCCAUCUCCAGACCCUUCAUCAGUGUGAAGUUUAUCAAUAAGAUCCAGUAUGUCCACAGCCUGGAGGAACUGGAGCAACUCAUCCCCAUGGAGCACGUGCAGAUCCCAGACUGCGUCCUCCAGUAUGAAGAAGAGAGGAUCAAGGCCAGAAAAGAAAGGGCAGAGGAGAAGCAAGACAUGGCUGAGAGGGAAAGCAGGCCCGUGCCCCCAGCAGAGGAUCAGGAGACCAGCAUGUCCUGAGUGGGAGCAGCACCGAGGAAUGGAGUAGGAGAAGGAGCAGCCUGGCAGUCACCCACCUCAACGACCUUUGGGGACAAGACCUUGCCACCACCUUCUUCCAAGCCCUGUAAAUCCUGGAGCCUGCCUCCUCUGCCUCCAAGAUGCAAACUCCUUUCA